AUGAGAAGAAGAAAAAACAAGAAACAUAAACAAGAAGUUCAAAUGCAAGAUCCAGCUAACCCCGAAGAAGCUCCAAACAAAAAAAUUGCAUACCAUUUAUACACAGAUAAGAAGCGAAUAUCUCAAAAAGAAAAGAAGAAGAAAAAAGACUGCUUUGAAGUUUAUCCCCAAUCCCAAAUUCCUAAACCUAUGAAAACACUCCUGAAGAAAGAUGGCCAGAUGAAUGGAUAA